UGCACCGGGCUGCUUCAGGACACCAACACACUCCCUCCUCACUAGACUAAUUAGGGAGAGCAGGGGAGAGAGUCUAAAUUCACACACUGCUGCUUCGUCCCCCUGCAGUGUAGCCCCAGGGUUUAAACCACACCUUUUUUACCUAGCCACAGUUUAGAGAAAAGGAAGUUCGGGAGCGAAAAUGGAGGAGACGUACCUGCUGAACUACCCAGGAGUCAAGAAGAAGAUUCUGGCAGGUGGGAAUGGCCCAAUGCCCCACUUUCCACCGGGGACCAAGCUGGUGUUCCACUUCCAGACGCUGUUGGACAACUUUGAGCGCACGGUGAUUGACGACAGUCGUAAAGCCAAAGCCAAAGUGCCAAUGGAGAUCUUUGUGGGGAAGAUGUUCAAGAUGGAGGUGUGGGAGACUCUGCUGACCUCCAUGAGGAUCGGAGAGGUGGCUGAGUUCUGGUGCGAUGCUGUUCACACAGGCUUGUACCCUAUCGUGUCCAAGGGGAUGAGGCUGAUUGCCCAGGGCAAGGACCCGCUAGAGGGCCAGAGGCACACGUGUGGCAUGGGGAACAUGUUCCACUACAACACUACUGGCUGGCCUGAGCUGGAUGAACUGAUGAGGACACCUCAGGCACUGAUCUUCAUCAUGGAGCUCAUUCAGGUGGGAGACCCCUUCUCGUACAAGCGGGAGUCGUGGAUAAUGGACAAGGAUGAGAAGAUGAAGGAAGUGCCCUCGCUCCACCUGCAGGGCAAUGCGCUGGUCAGACAGGGACACUUCAGAGAGGCUGCCAAGAAGUACCAGGAAGCUGUGGUGCUACUCCGGAUUGUACUGUCCAAGGAGAUGCCAGGUGAUGAGGACUACAUAGCCGUGGACAGGCUCAUCACCCCCCUAGUGUUGAACUACUGUCAGUGCAUGUUGGAGCUGGAGGAGUACUAUGAGGUUCUGGAGCAUACCAGUGACCUGAUACACAAACACAAAGACUGUGUCAAGGCGUACUACAAGAGGGCCAAGGCCCAUGCUGCAGUGUGGAACGAGAAGGAGGCCAAGAGAGACUUCAACAUGGUGGCCAACCUGGACAUCACUCUGGCCCCUCUGGUGCACAAAGAGCUGAGAUUCCUCGCUGACAGACUGAAGGAGAAAUACUGGGAAGAGAAGGAGAAAUACUGGAACUGCCUGGAGCAAGAGGAGAAGGAGGGGAAGAAAGCGGAAGAUGAGGAGAAGGAAGAUGAAGAGGGCAAGAAAGAGAAGGAUGGUGAGAGCACAGUGACCAAGGUGAAAGAUAAGGAGAAAAGCAAAGAUAACUCCGCCUCUUCCAAAGAGGAAGUGAAAGAUGUCAAGGAUGACAAGCAGAAUGAGACAGGGUGGAAAAAGGCUAUAGAGAAGGAUGGAACAACCAUUACUGCUACAGUGAAGGAUAAGGCUAAAGUGAAGGAUAGAACUGCCAAUCAGGCUACAAUGAAGGAUGAAACAGCCAAUAAGAGGACAGAGAGCACCCCGGAAACCCAGCUAGAGACCAAUCAGAGUGCUCUGUCUGUGAUAGAGGGGAUGGACUGGCAGCAGAAGUUACGACACAUCAUGUUCCUGGAAAAGGAGGGUAACUUCCUGCUUACAGAACAGAAACACAGCGAGGCCACAACAAAGUUCAAGGAGGCUCUGGAGUACGUGGACUUCAUUCAAAACAAGGAGGUGUGCUAUAAAGACAGGAGGGAGGACUGGGACUCUCUGGAGAAGGUGCGUGUGCCGAUCACUCUCAACCUCAGCCAGUGUCUGCUGGAGCUCAGGGACUACCAGGAAGUGGUGGUGCUCAACACCAAGCUGCUCAAGAAACACAGAGAUAACUUCAAGGCAGUGUACCAGCGGGCCAGAGCCCACUCGGCUCUGUGCAACGAGGAGGAGGCCAGGAAUGACUUCCAGAAGGUGGAACGUCUGGAGCCCAGGUUCAAGCCCAUCGUCAAUCAGGAGAUGAAGAGGUUGGGCGAGAACCUCCGGAACAAGCACAUCAUCGACAAGAAGAACUACUGGGAAGCUACAGAGGAAAAGUGGGGCCUCGGGGGCACCAAGACCAAAGCCAGGAAAGUAAAGAAGACAGUGAAGUUUCAAGAGGAGAAAAAAGUAGAGGGGAGCAUUCAGAAAGAAGGGGAACCAGGGAAGACUGUAAAAGAGGGAGGUAGUGAUGGAGUGAGAGAGGAGAAGAAACCAGAGGGAAAAGGAGAGGAGGGGAGUGCGAAGAGUGCGGAGAAAGCAGCCAUUGCUGAGAAAGAGGGGGGCAGUGGUGGAGUGGAGAAGGAUAGUGGGAAAAGAAGAGUGAGUAUAGAGGUAGAGAGAGAUGGACAGGCAGGGUUAGUUAACAGAGCAGGAGAUAAAGAGACCGAUAUGGCACAGACCAAUGAAGGCAGAGAUAAUGUAGCCACAGAGAGAUCAGGGAAGGAUAAGGCUGUGAAAAAGGGAAAAUGUCACUUAACUGCCACCCAGGAAGUAACCAAGGGAAGCACAGGGAACAAAGGCACCAAUGAGAGUACAAGAAGCAAAGCCAUUCAAUCCGAAUCGACCAAUAGGAGUCCAUUAGCCACCGCUGCCCUCCCUAACCCACAGGCCACAGAGGUACUUCCAGAGGUAGCUGAGGAGAGAGUCGGGUUAGACACACAGAUCAGCAGACCUAACAAAGGAGAGGCAGGGGAAAGCAAAAUGAAUGAAGGGAGUAAAUCAGAGGGAAAGAGUUGUGACGAACAGCUGUGUUCAUCGGAGGGGGCGAGCCACACCAAAUCUGGGGUCUCGACUGGAAACCCGUCUUUCAAGUCCAAGCGUAAACACAAGAAAAAGAAAUGAAGGAUGCUCUGGCAUUGAUAUGAUCGUUAAGAAUCAUGUGAUGAUUCUCAUAAUUCAAUUCAGGAUCAUCGCUUGAGGCAUACACCCAACACAAGCAGACGUUCUGUGUAGCAAAUACAAAUUUUAUUUAUCCUUUUGUACACAAAGAGUAGAAAGCAGCCAGUAACCCACUCGUUAUUAAAAAGGCAUUUCUUUCACAAACGUUUUAUACAGAUUAAAAACCGGCCGGGAGGACAGCAAUAGGGAGGAAUGUUAGUACAGUACAUAAACAAUGAAAUAAAUGGCAUUGACACAUUAGCCAAACAAAUCAUCACGUAAUGAGGCGUGGUAAUGUUAGUUUAAAAAAAUUGACUUCAGAUCGAAAUUAAAAUAGAGAUGAUGAGUGUUUUUUUUUUUUUUUUUUCCGGCAGCGAGGCAUCUGCCUGUGUCGUAGCAUAGGCUAGUGUAUGUUGUCAUAGCUCUGAUUCCCGUAAUAGUUCAGGUGAUUCAUGGCCCUGCCGUGUUACAGAGCGCCAAACAACCCUCGCUGUGUCUCGUAAACGAUGCCAGAGUGCACAGAACUCAAACAUGGAAGGUCUCGCAGCUUGCAUGUUGGGAUAAAUGAGCGUGCUCGUUAACGGGUUGACCCCACCAUAUAUAGCAGGGGGCACCACCCGUUGGCCAUGUUCUCUAAACUCUCUCUGCCUCGCUCUGUCUCCAGAGAAGAGCGCUUUCUCUUCAAUCCAACUGAAGAUGGUGGGGCUAGUUCCCCAGCGUGCGGUCACGCUACGGGGAGUUACUGGUUCUAUUUUAUUUUAGAACAUUAGAUGCCUCAGAUGGAUAAUCACAUGACUACAGAGAGACGUGGUGUGGGCAGUAUAAUUCAUUGUUAACACUCCCUCAGAGAAAAAAAAACGCUUUUGGUGGGUUAGUCUUCAGGGGGCCACUACAAAGACAGUAGUGGCUUCUGGGAGUUUGAGUAAGAGGGGCACAGUGAAGAGCUACAGCUCUGCUGCAUUACAAACAGAUCAUAUGAAUAUACAGUGUCAAGAAUUAGUAUGUGAACCCUUUUGGAAAUACCUGGAUUUCUGCAUGAAUUGGUCACAAAAUUUGAUCUGAGCUUCAUCUAGGUCACAACAAUAGACAACUGAACACUGAACACACAGUGUAAACAUUCACAGUGCAGGGUGGGAAACGUUUGUGAAUCCUUCGCUUUAAUAACUGGUUGACCCUCCUUUGGCAGCAAUAACCUCAACCAAACAUUUUCUAUAGUUGUGGAUUAGACCUGCACAACAGUCAGGAGGAAUUUUAGACCAUUCCUCUUUACAAAACUGCAAAAGUUCAGCAAUAUUCUUGUGAUGUCUGGAGUGAACUGCUCUCUUGAGGUCAUGCCACAGCGUCUCAAUGGGGUUGAGGUCAGGACUCUGACUGGGACACUCCAGAAGGCAUAUUUUCUUCUGUUGUAGAUUUUCUGUUGGUUUACUUCUGUGUUUUGGGUCGUUGUCCCGUUGCAUCACCCAACUUCUAUUGAGCUUAAAUCGGAGGACAGACAGCCUAACAUUCCCCUGCAAAUAAACGUUGGAAUUCAUUUUUCUGUCUGACAGUAAGCUGUCAAGGUCCCGAGGCAGCAAAGCAGCCCCACACCAUGAUGCUCCCUCCAACAUACUCUUCAGUGGGGAUGAGGUUUUGAUGUUGGUGUGCUGUGCCUUUUUUUCUCCACAUAUAGUGUUGUGUGUCCAUUCCUAACAACUCAACUGUAGUUUCAUCUGUCCACAGAAUAUUUAGCCAGUUGAGCUGUGGAACAUCCAGGUGCACUUUUGCAAACUUCAGACGUGCAGCAAUGUUUUUUUUAACAGCAGUGGCUUCU